AUGGGGCUACAGAGGGAGCGUCUUGGGGUGGACGGCAGCCAGAUAUCCAUAUUUGAUGGCAGCCGCUUUGUGUUCAGUGAAAGCUCCUGGACAAUUGUGACCCUGUACCGUAUGCUGCGGAGGUAUGGGUUGAGCUAUUUGUAUAUGAGGAAAGGACCCCAGACAAUGCUGCCUCGCUUCUUGCAGCUCUACAAGCUUCAGGAUAGAAUAGGCACCAGCUCGGCAGCAAACCUGUUUGCCAAGGAGUUCGUAGCGGGCAUCAACCGCAUUCAGUACAAUCAGGGAAAUGGCAUCAACGCCCUUGCAGGGAUGGUGUCACUGCUGCCUACAAUCGACGGGCGCUUGUUCAGGAUCAAGGGGGGCAAUCGGCUGCUACCAGAACGCCUUAUUGCUGCCGCCAAUGCCAGCCUACAUCAGGGCCUCAGGGUCACAAAAGUGCACAGAACAACAAGCAGACACUUUGAACUGCACACCAAGUCCAGCAGAGAUGAUAAGACCACAAAGAGCAGGAGGUACGCCGCUGUGCUGGUGGCGACGCCACUGGAGCUGACAGACAUAGCCUUCACUGGCUUUGAGGUCCCCCACAUGCCAGUGAGGCAGUACCAGACCACAGUGACCACGCUUGUGAAAGGACGGCUCAAGCCGGCUUAUUUUGGCGUGGAAGCUUUGCCGAAAGGGGAAUAUGUGAUGGUGACGGAGGAUGCGAAAACGCCCUUCUCGGUGAUAGGGCCCCAGAAAAUCCUGCCCAAUGGGCUGCGAAUAUACAAGAUAUUUUCACGGCAACCUCUUGAGGGCGCCACCCUGGACGCCAUCUUUGCCAAUCUCACCAUCCUGGCUGACAGGGAGUGGAAGGCGUAUCCCCUCUUCAGGCCCCCCGAGAGGUUCCCCCCAUUCCGCCUGACCCCCGGCCUCUACGUGAACAACGCUUGGGAGAACGCUGCAUCCGCGAUGGAAAUGUCAGCCGUGGCCGCAAAAAACUGCGCGCUGCUGGCUUCACAGUACUUGCAGAAAGCAUUUCUGGAUGACGGGGGGUUGAACUCGGGAUUUAAAGCUGUGACGGGUGCAAAAUCAGAACUUUGAAGGUUGGCAACUCAGUUCCGGGCUCCCGGAUUAGCUAGCAUGAAGUGCGCAUUGCCGGCGGCACUGUACUAGCACAAAGCAAAUCUGGACGAGUAUGGCCUGGAUGCUGGAGACGGCAGCCCUAUAAUGCCAAAAUCCGAACUUUGAAGGCCAUUUUUUUUCAUGAGUCUGGAGCCCAGCGCUAGCGGCUGAGUUGCCCCAAAUUUGGAAGGUUCGACGGUUGCCGCCAGACUUUGUGCGCGGCUGGCAGCGCAGCAAAAAUAAUCGCAGAUAUGGUGGAGGCUAGAAUAUUGGAGUAGGUAGCGUGGCAGAUGCAAACUCAGAACUUUGAUGGGUGGCUGCUGAAUCAUCGGGUUCUUGACUUCCUGGGUAGCUAGCAUGGAACUGCGCGCCGCUACCUAGCAGCGUAUACCUGUAUACGUAUACCAAUAUACCGGCAAAGUAUUUGCAGGAAAAAAUAUGUUGGAUGAGAGAGGCUUGAGUGCUGGCUUGGGGACCUGGCAACAGUAAUAUCAGAAAGUGGAUGGGUGGCAGCUGAGUUCUGAGCUUCUUAAAUUCCUGGGUAACUAGCAAUAUGCGCC